GGCCAGGGAGCCGGGUGGGCGGUUCAUACCGACGCCGCGGCUACCUUGUGGCCUCCCAGCUGGGAGCGGCGGUCGGCCACCAUGUCUCUGGGGGCCUCAGCGGGCCGGGGUCUGGGGACCAUGUGGUCCCCUACACACGUGCAGGUGACGGUGCUACAGGCGCGGGGCCUGCGGGCCAAGGGUCCCGGGGGCACGAGCGAUGCGUACGCGGUGAUCCAGGUGGGCAAGGAGAAGUACGCCACGUCGGUGUCGGAGCGCAGCCUGGGCGCGCCCGUGUGGCGCGAGGAGGCCACCUUCGAACUGCCGCCUCUGCUGUCCUCGGGGGCCGCGCCCGCCGCUGCCGCCACCCUGCAGCUCACCGUCCUGCACCGCGCGCUGCUCGGGCUCGAUAAGUUCCUGGGUCGCGCCGAGGUGGACCUGCGGGAGCUGCACCAGGACCAGCGCCGCAGGAAGACACAAUGGUACACCUUGAAGUCCAAGCCAGGAAAGAAGGACAAAGAGCGAGGAGAAAUCGAGGUCGAUAUCCAGUUUAUGAGAAACAACAUGACCGCCAGCAUGUUUGACCUCUCCAUGAAGGAUAAGUCCCGGAAUCCUUUUGGAAAACUGAAGGACAAGAUCAAAGGGAAGAACAAGGAUAGCGCAUCGGACACCGCUUCAGCCAUCGUCCCCAGCACGACACCCUCGGUCGACAGCGAUGAGGAGUCUUCCCCCAAAGACAAGAAAAAGAAGUCAAAGAUCAAGACUCUGUUUUCCAAGUCGAAUUUGCAGAAGACGCCGCUCUCCCAGUCCAUGUCUGUCCUGCCUACGUCCAAGCCAGACAAAGUGAUGCUCCGCCCCGGAGACUUGCAGUCCCGGUGGGACGAUGACGAGGAUGAGUCCUCCUCCACCUCGGAUGUCAUGUCCCACAAGAGAACACCCAGCAUGGAUCACGCACAACCGAACCAGACCAACUUCAGCCUUCCCAAGAAAGAGGGGCUCUCCUUCCUCGGCGGCCUCCGCUCUAAGAACGACUCCCUCUCAAGAUCUAACCUCUGUAUCAAUGGGAACCAUGUUUAUAUGGAACAGACAGAGGCUAAGAGUGAGGUCAGGGACAGCAGCCCUUCAAAUUCCCCAUCCCCGCAGGGCUUCCGGAAGAGGCAUUUAUUCUCCUCCACUGAAAACCUGGCUGCCCGGUCUCCUAAGGAACUAGGGGAAGUAACCUCUGACAGACAGCUGUCCGAUGCUUCCACCAAGGAUUCUGUGAAGUCCAUGUCUUUGCCAUCCUACCGAUCUCUGACCAGCGAGGAUGGUAGAGAGAGCGUGUCUCCAGCAAACGUGGAGACUCCGAGAGAAAUGAAAGAGAGCAAGAAGCAGGAGAGCAAGAAGUCCUCCCUGCUUUCUCUGGUGACAGGAAAGAAAGAUGCGGCUAAAGGCAGUGAAGGCGAGCCUCUUCCCACUGUCUCAGAGAAAGAGAAGGAAAGGCAGGGCGUGCGCGUGGAAGCCCAGCUGAGGGAGGAAGACCCUGGGAGACGGUCAGAGAGAGAUGUCGUACCUGCCGCCUCGGAGAGGGGCAACUCCCUGAACCGCUUUGAAGAUGUACAGAUCUCAGCCCCAGAAGCCGGCCUGGAGCCUAAGUCUGAACCAAAGCCACCAGUUCCCGCUGCGAGGGCUCUGCAGACCAAAGCCGUGAAGCCUAGACUGGACGCACCUCCAGAGGCCCAACCCAAAGCCAGGCUUCCUUCCCCUGACUCUGCUCUCUCUCCUUCUCUUCCUUCCAGCUCUCCUCAGGCCCCUCUCUUUUCUGACCCGAGAGGUGACGCAGAGACACAAUCCUCUGAAAGUCCUUCUGCCUCCUCCUCUUUCUCAUCUCCCCUGGCAGCUCCCCUCUCCACAUCCACCCCAAUUGAACACUGGCCCCCCACAGGCAAGAGGGAGAUUGAUGCUGAAGAACCCCCUUUGUUCCUCAAGGCUGUCUCUCAGAAGGAGAGUGUAAUGUCAGCUCCGAACACUGGUUCUUCUGCCUCAGGACCGCCUUUUAAACAACUGACCAUCCCAGUGCAGAAAGGGAUGGAAGAUUCUUCAGGGGGCGAGACCAAGGAGACAGGCACUGGGAAGGAAGCCGGCAGUGAUGAGUCAGGAAAGAACCCCAUGAGACAUCAUGAAGAACAUGUGAAGGUUCCUGUCCCAGAGCAACACUGGGCCCCCUCACCUGAAGAGAUCCCGGACGUACCCUCUGGGCCUUCACUCAGGAGUGGCAGCAGUGCAAACCCUGCUGAGAAGUCCCCCUCAGAGGGAAAGACGGACUCUGAGCGUCAGUCUAGGUCUUUUGUGGAGAACGAUCACGGUGGUGGGAUGGCUCGUGCAGGCAAAGAAGCAACACCCCCUCUUCAAGAGGAAGAGGCGGCCUCCCUGUUUGAUAGCAUAGCAAGGAAACACGAAGAGAUACAUUCGAAUGCCAGUGGAGGUGAAAAGAAAGUCAAGAAACGUGUGUCCUUCUCUGAACAACUCUUCGUGGAAGAAGAAACAGAAAAACCCACUGAGCUUGAGGAGGAGGAUGAGAGCCAUCCCCAGCGGCUGACACGUGAAGGACCUAUGGCUGGAGGCAGCCCUGAUGCAGAGUCUCCUGAGUGUCCCCACACAGAAGGCGCAGGAGAGGAACCUGUGACCACGGCACCUCGGCCCAUCACUCCUUCUGAAAGCGAGAGUUUCUCAGAAGAUCCCACAAGUGGCGCCAGCCCAGCAAGAGUCACCCGACUCUGGAGGGUCGUGGAGAAUGGUGGCCUUAUGACUCAGUAUCAGAGCAAAGCCAGCGAUCAUGAAGGCCUGCUGUCUGACCCGCUGAGCGACCUCCCAUCUGCCUCUGAUCUGAGCCUGUCUCUUCCUUCCAUUCCCGAAGUGGCAUCAGAUGAUGAAAGAAUAGACGAGGCUGGAGAUGGAGGAGAGGCAGAAAAGCUGGUUGAUCCACAAGCAGGAGUUUCACCCCUGAACAUGUCACCUUCCGGUCUGGAGAAGGCAGAGGGGCUGAGUGGGGGGACACAUGAGUCGGUGCUCGUGGAGAAUCCACAUGACUUCAGGCCAAAUUCUUCCAGAAUGGCUCCUUCCGAGCAGACAGCAGCACUAGGAAUUGCUGAGCCCCGUCUUGGCAAGAGCUCAGGUGUGAAUAAACAGUUACCAGGCCCUGGUACUGCCGAGGAAGAGGAACUGGAGCCCAGUGGGAGGCCAGGCUCUCCUCUCCGCACACCCCAGGGCUCUCCCCUGCCCAGCCCCCCACCCUCUGAGACCUUUCCUGCUGCACACUCUUUGCCUCGCUCUCCACAUUCCAGUGGCCACCACACCAGUGUAGCAGAGUCUCAAAUAAAAGCAACCCCAGAAGGCUCCGCUGGUAAAGUUGAAAAUUUUGGCAAGAAGAAGCCACUCCUCCAAGCCUGGGUCACACCCUCAGAGAUACAUCCAGUCUCGGCUCAGCCAAGCGCUGGAGCUGGGGCAGCCAAGCACAGGCUUCAUCCCGUGAAGCCGAUGAACACAACAGCCACCAAGAUUGCAAACCCCAGCUUGGGUACUGCUGCCAUCAUCAGUGAGAACACGAUCAACGAAGCCACUAUAAAGAAAUACCAGCCGUCGGAUCCUGCCUUCGCCUACGCACAACUGACCCACGACGAGCUGAUCCAGUUGGUCCUCAAACAGAAGGAAACCAUCAGCAAGAAGGAGUUCCAGGUGCGAGAGCUGGAAGACUACAUUGACAACCUGCUGGUCAGGGUCAUGGAGGAGACGCCCAACAUCCUCCGAGUGCCGUCUCAGCUUGGCAAGAAGGCCGGAAAGAUGUGACCUGCAGGAGGGAAGUGGAGAUGUUUUGUGAUCUUGUGUCCGGUGCCUCUUGAGGUCAAGGGUGUGUGGUCUGCCUAAUAACCAGCACACAGGCUCCCAUUACCGGGUGUGUGCCUUGUCUGUCAAGAGUCAAUUCUCCUAGUUGAAACCAGGUUAAUUAUUACAAUGAAUCUUGUCUAUACAUUCCCAGAGUGUGUGUUUAAAUGCCACGGUGCCUUUAACUAAGUUGUGAAUGCACGAUUUGAUCCUGAGCCAUCGAUUCAGGGGGCGCCAUCGGAACUAAUGUAUUUUAACACUGGGGUUGCUGCCCUCUGGUACCGAGAUUUUUCCAGUAUGUAUCCUCCAUGAAGCCAGGCUUUGGCUGAGAUCAGAAAGGGACUCUACUGUGGGACCGUUUUACCUCCUUUCUUGGUGUUGGAGCAGCUCAAGUAUGGCAUAUGCUAAAUUUUUAUGUCUUGUGAACGUCCGAAGAGUCAAGGGUUGUUUGGGUAGGGUUUUUGUUGGGGGAGGGGCAUUGUUCUGUUUUUAAGAUGGGCUCUUGUCUAGUCCAGGCUGCUCUUGAACUCACUGUAUAGCUGAGACUAGCCUUCUUAGACUUUGAACAAGCUGCCUCUUCCAUUUCCUUCUACCUUCUAGCCUUAAAAGUAUGCUCUUGUGGAUGGGGAGAUACAGCCCAGUGGGUAAAGGGCCUGCAGUAGCUGCAGACGCUGGAGGGGCGGGGGCGGGGGGAGGGGGAGCAGGGACAGGACAGGCAGAUCCCAGGGCCUCACUGGCCAGCCUUUCUAGCUGAAACAGGGAACUCUGGAUUCAGUGAGGGACCCUGUCUUAAUAACGUGAAAAGCUACCUUAAACCUCCGCCCUUCAUAUUCUCCCACAUAGGUGAGCGCGCAUGCGCACACACACAGACAUGCUCCCACACCCACAAGCACAUACACACAGCGUGCUCUUUAGAUCCAUAGGGCCGUCUCCCGGAGAUAUGAAGGAAUUAAGGGGCUCAGCCGUUAAGAGCACUGACUGCUCUUCUAGAGGGACCCAGGUUCAAUUCCCAGCACCCACACGGUAGCUUACAACUGUAACUCCAGUUCAAGGGGAUCCGACACCCUCACACAGACAUACAUUCAGGCGAAACACCAAUGCACAUUUUUAAAAAAAGUCACUUUCCAUCUAAGUAGGAAAAAAUGGUCAGAGCCCCUCCUCUCGUGCUGACAGGGCUCCUGUUGCUGGAUUGGCCUCUCCGGUGUCUGGAGAGAGGACUAAGCGAUCCAGAUGCUUGCUCCAACAUCUGUGACGUAGAGAAUGACUAGGAAGGGUCCUUUGGCUACGUCCUUCAUUCCACGUCCUUGCUCCCAUUUACUUAUCUUGCUGGCUUUCCUGGCAGCCUUCUGGGAAGGGAGUAGCCAGAGUCCACUAGUUCCUCAAGAUGAAGGAGCCCUGGGCUAGGGCACGGUUAGUACACAGUGGCAGAGCACUUCCUCCCUUGCCCCCACACUUGCCACUCCACCCCCAGACCUACCACCCCCACCCUUGCCACCCUCACCCCAGACUUAACCACCCCCAUUCCAGGCUUGCUUUUUGAUUGCUACUUCCUAAUUUGGGGGAGUGUUUUUGUUGCUAUUUUGAGGCAGAGUCUCACUGGCUUCAGACUUUCAUCCCUCCUGCCCUAGCUUUACAAAUACUGGGAUCACUGAUAUGUGUCACCAUGCCUGGUAGAUUGCUGUAAUUUUUAAAAUAGAUUUUUAUAUAUAUAACUAGUUUAUAUAUAGAGAGAGACUAGAUUUACAUAUAAAUCUAGUUUAAAAUAUAGUUAUAUAUAUACACAUGUGUGUGUAUAUAUGUGUGUGUAUAUAUAUACAUAUAUAUAUAUAUAUAAUUUUUAGAAUCAGCCCCAUUUUCACCAAUAGAGGGAAUUUCACUGCUGCUCACCUCAUCCUGGAAUUAAAGUGUUUCAUGUUGCUCUUUUUUUUUUCUUCCUGAUUGUAAUGAAAUCUUAACGUCUCUGCUAGGGGCAAUCCCAGGCCAGUGGAAUGGACAGGGUGGAGGUAGUGGUUAUUAAUGAAGAAUCUCUGUCUGUCUGUCCUUGUCAUCCGGAAGAUGAGGGGCAUUGACUACACUGGAGCACUUUAAUCUGAAGGGCAAGACUGUCACUUGAUUUAUCUAAUUACCUGUUAAGGUCCACACCUAUUUUUAUUUAAUCCCUCCUACAAUACUAGGGACCACUGCAAAUCUCUGAGGUGGUUUGUAUUUUUUUUUUUUUAGCGUUGCAAAAUUCAUUAAUACGCCUAUAAAGGAAACUAUAUUCACUUGAACUCUGAAAAUGUACAUGUAUAUGUCUGCUCUGCAUCGUGUUUUUUUUUACUUGAUAAAAAUGCAUUUUUACUGUGAUAACCUAAGUGCAUGGGGGAGGGGAGGGCACCGGUUCUGUUAACAACAAGUCUGGAGGGCUCUGCUGCUCCUGAGACCUUUGGUAUGUUACUGGGUCAGCACCAGAGAGGACCAUCUAGGUGGGGUGAAUUCCUGGGCUCUGAAAUGCCACUUGGGAACUCUGGAGAACUAAGAGUGGUUUGCCUCAAGGGCUUGACUGGAAAACAUUGGCAUUUCCAACCUAGCUGUAGCUCAGAGUACAUAGAGGCCACAACUAUUCAAUGACUGUUCUUGAAUGUGCAUUUGGGGGCUGAGGGAAGCCUAUAGGAAGCCGAGUCUGUGUUGAGCCACUGGCGGGGGCAGAGGUUGGUGAUGUGGAGAGCCCUGGAGCUACUGAAGCUGGCCACUGGCUCGUGCCUGUAGCUACUCCUGAAGCCAACAUGAGGAGCCCUGGAAGGGCCUGCGCUCUGGAAAAAAAGAGGGGCUUUUUCCUUGCCCUUGCCUGGCUGCCUCCAGAAAGCCCAGCCAAGGGCGUGAGGGAGCACUGGAUUAAAUACCAGCAGACUCCAGUUGGAGGUCAGUUUCCUGAAAAACAGUGGCCCAAGUGUUUCAUACCAUCUUAUUCUUAACCUUGGCACAUGUCCUGGCCUCCCUGUUUUAUUCCAGUAUGUUACAGGAAGGAACGAGCAACCCUGCCUUGUGCCAUGUUCCACAGCUGUGCACAUGUGCGAUAGAUGAGCCAUGUGCUUCCAGAUUCUAAGUUCUCAGGGCACCAAGAGAGGCUGGUCCAUGAUGCUUUCCCAGUUGCUCUUUUGAGGCCAGAGUUCUUCAUCCCUGUGUUUUUUUGUUUGUUUGUUUGUUUUGUUUUGUUUUUCUACUCAUCCCUGUGUUUUGUUUUUUUUUUUCCCCCAGUCAACCUUUCUUCGUUCCCUUUACUUUCGUGGUGUUGGGGAUUAAACCCAGUGUCUUGUGCAGGUCAAUGCUGUGCUCUCCCACCGAGUUACACCCGCAGCCAGUCCUCCACCCUGCUUUGUGAUGCUUUAUCUUUGUCUUUUUAGGCAGGUUCUCACGUAGCCCAGGUUAGCCUCUGCCUCCCCUUCACGUGCUGGGAAUAUCAGGAUGCCACCACUCCCAGCUUUUUCUUUAUUCUUUUGGCGGUGGAGUAGGGUACUGAUUAUUAAGGAUCCUUCAAGACUGAAAAGCAGUCAGUUGCCUUAGAUGGCAAACAUGAACCCACGCCAACCCCAACUCUGGAUUCUCCUACCUGCUUUGUGAGCUACUGAGUUGACUUUCCUCUUCAACUGCAGGCUCAGUGGUGUUUUAAAUUACAGGAUUACUGUUCCCUGGGUGUUGCUUUGGGGAUUUUGAAGUUGACUGGUACUGCUUUUAAGAAAUACCUAAGAUGGGCAGUGGUGGCGCACGCCUUUAAUCCCAGCACUCGGGAGGCAGAGGCAGGCGGAUCUCUGUGAGUUCGAGGCCAGCCUGGUGUACAGAGUUCCAGGAUGGCCAGUACUGUUACACAGAGAAACCCUGUCUCGAAAAACGAAACAAAAAGAAAUACCCAAGGGAUUAGGCGUGUAGCUCAGUUAGUGCGGUGCCUGCUUUACACACACAAAGCUCUAGGUUUGAUCCCACCCUCCUCUCACCCUCCUCUCACCCCCUCCCACCCCUGUACUACAUAGACUGAGCAUUGUGGUGUCCACCUGUAAUCCCAGCCAACACUUGGGAGGUGGAAACAGUGUGACCCGAGGUUCCACUUCAUCCUCAGCAGCACAGGCAUUUUAAAUCAGGUGGGGAUAUGUGAGACCUUGUCUUAAAAUUAAAAAGAAAAAAACCUUAAAGUUUUCUAACACUAAAUAAAAAGAUACUUCUUUCAAAGA